CUUGCCAUUUGCUGUUGCCCUUAAAGCCUCGGAAGUGUCAUUUUUGGACUUGAUCAAAACUUCUGCAUAUCGAGCGGUGCUGUGGCAGCGGCUUCGCGUUGAUUCAUAACCGUUGGCACAAGUUGAAUGGCCACUGGGAAGCGUUAAAACAGACGGGAGGAUGUCUGUGGAGGUGGAUGUGCUGCUGCAGGAGGCCAAAGAAAGCAUCGAGGCGGCCCAGAACUACCGCAGUGAACUCCAGCAGCGCCUGCAUGGCCUCAACCAGGCCCGCAAACAGAUCCGGGGAAGUUCGGGUCAGGCCCGCGAGACCCUCCGCCGUCACUUCACCGAGCUGCAGGCCGCAGCAGCUCGGCUGCUGACGGAGCGACUGGCCGCCUUGCUGGCCGAGGUGGACGCCAUCGAGGCCGACAGCGUCAGACCGCUGGACGACUGCCAGAGCCUGAUUGAACACGGAGUGGGCCAGGCGGACGAGCUGCUGCGAGAAGGGGAAGCAGCGCUACGUUGUGGUCUAGGGGAGAAGGAGGACAAACUGGGUAGUUUCACCAAGAAGGCCAUGCACAUUCAACUGGACAGUCUACCAGAGGUACCAGCAUUGGUGGACGUGCCGUGCGUUUCAGCCCAGCUGGAUGACUCCCUGCUGGGUCUGCUGAAGGACCGGGUGUCCCGCCAUGGCUCCGUUUCCUCCCACCCGCCCGUCCAGAUAGAGGAGCUACAGGAGCGACCUGGCGGCGUCUUGGUCCGCUGGUGUAAGGUGGACGAAGACUUUGCUGCAGCAGAGUAUCGGUUACAGCACCGGAGUUCUGGCAGCGGAGGGAGCCAGUACGAGGACUCCUACAUCGGUCGGGACAGUGAGUUUCUGGUUCUCCACUUGGACCCUCACACGGAAUAUCUGUUCAGGGUCUGUGCCCGUGGAGAGGGUCGCACAGAGUGGAGCCCCUGGAGCAUCCCACAGACAGGAUAUACCACACUGCCACCACAUGAGUGGCGUCCAGGCACUGAUGGGUACAUUCUGAGCAGCAGGAGAAACAUUGCCCUGCGCAGUGACUCCUCCCAGUCGCGCUGCCCUGUGCUCUACUCCAGGGCGCCCACCUACUUCUGUGGCCAGACCCUGACCUUCAAGAUCUCUGCAGCCAGUCAGCUGGAUCCAAGGGACAGUCUGGGAGUGUGCGUGGACAUUCAGAGGGAGGCGGAGUCGCUUCAGAGAGACCAGGCGGUCUGCAUUUCCACCAACGGUGCUGUGUACGUAAACGGUAAAGAGAUGACCAACCAGCUGCCUGCCAUCUCCCUGGGCUCUGCCGUGACCUUUGACAUGGAGGUGGUGAAUCUGUUCCCCAUCAGCAACAACAACCUCAGCGAUGGGGGCAACUUCAAGCUGAGGGUGACCAUCGGAUCAGGCAACCGGGAGGUGGUGUUUGACUGGCUGGUGGACCAGGCAGUAGACUCCCUCUUCUUCGGCUGCUCCUUCGCCCAGUCCGGCUGGAAAGUGCUGGUGUAUUGACCGUUAAAAAGGUGGAUUCUCCAGUCUGCUGGAGUUUAGAACCUGCUCACACAGGCUCCAUUACCUUUGGUUUAAACAUUUGUCAUAUGUUCUUUUUUGUUUUACACCUAAAGCACUUGCAAAGUCUGGGGAAAAGGAUCAGUCGUUCAUUUUUACACAGACGUGUUAAAUGUCAGACAUGUUUCUCAACAUCAGCAGCAACUCACAGCGUUUUUUACAUAUCAAUUAUUUAUCUUGAAAAACCUACUGCUUGGUCAUUGACCUUUCCAGAUCUGAAAAAUGCCUGGCAUUUACCAACGUACAAUGAGUAACGGGUGUGAACAUGUAAAAGAAAAACAGUCAAAGCGGAGUAAAGGUUUAUUGAACCCAGCUGUCUGCCGAACACAAAAGCAAUGUUUCCUCCAGUAAAGUUCCUCUAGCACAGAGCUGCAGACCUGUUGCCAUUUCCACCGUUUGCAUAAUUCUAGUCCCUGAGCCAACAUCGUCAACACAUACAACUUUAGUUUCUCUGUAAGUUGACGAAACUGGUUCAAGCUGCAGUUGCUCCAGGAGGAAUAUUCCUCAGCCACAUACUCAGUUAUAUUCACAGAUAUGCUGAUUUAUUAGUUAUCUUCCGAGUCUUUGACAGAUGCAGUGUAUUUACAGGCAGAAACAAGAAGUCAGUUUGUGCAAUAAUGUGAAUGUGUCAGAUACACCGAAGCAGGUCAUGGCACUGACUGAGACAUGCUUCUCCAGGCUGCGUGCAUCCAGAUGAGAUGUUUCCUACAAACUGCACUUCUGCCUCAUUGUGUGUGUAAAUAUACUGACUCUGGCUUUAAGGACACGAUCACUAUCUGGGAACAAACGUGAUGUAUCCUGGGUUUUGCAGACUCUGUGUUGAUCUUCUCUUCAUUGUACAUGUGAAGCCGAAACUGGCUAAAUCACAAGAAUCUCACUCUUCUUCAGUCUUCAGCCUGAAGUUGGGAGGACUGGUUCAUCACAGCUUGUUGGCUUUUAGUUUGUCUUUGAUGUUUCUCACAAGGUCGGCGACUGUUUACAGCUUUUGAAAAUGUUUUCAUUUGGCAUCUUCCUCUCUUUUAAUGUGUCUAUGCAUUUUUUUAUCUAGCUUAUUGACAGUUUGAUACCUGUUUUAACAAACCAUCACUGUGAAUCCAUUGUCUUUUUAUUUUUUUAAAGUCUUCUGUAACGGGAUGGUUCACCAAAAAUCCCAAUCCACCUGCCUGCCUUCAGUUUCUCAUACCAAUAUUAUUAAUAGUUCAAGCCUGUUAUGUUGAAGUAUUUUUAAUUUCAUAAGGAUUUGAUGAGAAAAUACUUUUCGGCUUCUUCUGAGAAAGUAUUUAAUAGUUCAUUUUUCUCUGACUGUGUUUCUGUUUGACGUUUUUUAAAUGUACACUAUGCAGGUUGUCAUAACUACAGCUGUUAACAAUACAAGCUGCAGUCCAGGCUGAAGAAACCUUUGUUUUUGGUUGUACUGUUGCCUUAACUUUACUAGACUCGUAAUUUUGUUUUAGCUUUUCGCAAUGACAAUCUUAACAGUAUUCAGAAAACCUGCCAUUUGAUAUUUAAGAGGUGUUCAUUGGUAAAAGUGACGGCGUGUGUUCAGUCCGGUUUAGAGAGUGGAACUCAUUGCUGCACCCUUGUUAAGACUGUUGAGGAUGUGUUUGAGGUCAGGACAUGAAUUAUCACCUCUAACAUGGAAGUGUUGACACAAAACCUGUGUCAGACCUGUACGCUGCACAAACACAAGGAAAGUGAGACAUGGAUCAAAUAAAUGUUCUUUGGUUAAAAA